UCGUGCGUUGCGACCACAUAUGCAGAUGUAACUGCUGCAACGGCUUCCUGUACUGCCAUUACACUCAACAACAUUACCGUUCCCAGCGGCAAGACUCUCGACUUGUCGAAGUUGAAGAAUGGGACUACCGUGACCUUCGCAGGGAAAACAACCUUCGAAUACUACGAUGGAAACAUCGACCUCAUCAAGCUUGGAGGAACUGGAAUCACCGUGACUUCAGCACCCGGCGCCAUCAUCGAUGGAAACGGGCAAGCUUGGUGGGACGGCCUCGGCUCAAACGGAGGCAUCUCGAAACCAAACCACUUCAUAACCGUCAGCAAAGUCUACGGCGCAUCGGUCAUCAAAGACCUCUAUAUCCAGAACUGGCCUGUGCAUUGCUUCUCUAUCUCGAAUUGCAAAGACCUUUCUAUUUUCAACAUCACGUUGAAUAAUACCGCGGGAUAUGCGCCGAAUAGUCGGUCUAAUGGGAAGGCUGCUGCGCAUAAUUCUGAUGGGUUUGAUAUUUCUAGCUGCACGAAUCUGACAUUGAGGGAUUCAAGCGUUACGAAUCAGGAUGAUUGCGUGGCGGUGACUUCUGGGAAUGGGGUUACGGUGAGAGGAAUGUAUUGUGAUGGGAGUCAUGGGUUGAGUAUUGGGAGUGUUGGGGGGAAGAGUAACAACAAUGUCACGAAUAUCCUCUUCGAAAAUAGUGUCGUGGUGAACAGCGAUAAUGGCGCAAGAAUCAAGACGAAUUCGAACACGACCGGUUACAUAGCAGGAAUCACAUACCGCAAUAUCACGCUCGCAAACAUCAGCACCUAUGGUAUAGACAUCCAACAAGACUAUCUCAACGGCGGUCCAACCGGGAUCCCUACAAACGGCGUCAUCAUCACUAACAUCACGAUGGAAAAUAUCCACGGCACCGUGCAAAAGAAAGCAAAGGACUAUUACCUACUUUGUGGGGAGGGAUCAUGUUCGAAUUUUACGUUCAAUAAUAUUUCGAUUUCGGGUGGGACAAAGGAUAGUUGUAAUUUUCAUCCUACGGGGAACUUUAUAUGCUAA